AGGGCCGGGCUGGGCGGUGCGGGGCGGGUUUUGCUUUCUCUUCGGGCAGUGAUCGCUCGGGCAGCGAUGUGGCUGCCGCUCCUGUGCCUCACGUCCGUCCUGGCACACAUCUACUGUAAGGACGUAGUUGGCAUCGUGGGAGAAAAUUUUACUUUUCCAGUACAAGCAGACCAAAAAGUAGUGGAAACUGUCUGGAAGAAAAACAAGGACAAAGUGGCUGAAUGGGAAGGGCAAAACAAACCAACAUAUUUUGGUCCUCUCAGCAACAGGAGUGUACUUAUGGAGAAUGGAUCCUUGACUAUAAUUAACUUGGAGAAGGAUGAUGCUGGCACAUAUGAGUUACAGUACUGGGAUUCUGUGAAAGAUCACUACUUAAACUUUGUACUUGUGGUGUUAGAUUCCCUUCCAGAACCUGAAAUAAGUUGCAACACCAGCGGUGAUGAACUUGUAUUAAACUGUAUAGCACAUUUCCAGGAGCCCCUGAAUUAUGCUUGGAACCUCAGUAACAAUCCACGCAGCUAUCAGAACCAGAAGCUUUCCAUCCCUUUGGAGAAUGUUGAUACAACCACCAAAGCUACAUGUAUUAUUAAAUUUUCACAAACGGAAAGAAGCUCUGAAAUCUCUUUGAUUCAAUGCCUGCCAGAAGGAAAAGGAGACAGUUCUCACAGAAGAAACAGAGGUGCUCUUUUAGGAGCUUUUGUCCUUACUGCAGCUAUUAUCCUAGUAUUAAGCCUAAUAUUCCUGAACAGGAAAGGUAUAAUUAAGCUUAAAACAAGAAGAAGGACUUCUCAGAAUAACAGUCCAGUGAAUGGAUCAGGAGAACAUGAGCAACUUUUCCCUGGGAAGAGCCAACAACAGCCUAACUCAGAGGGAGCUGUGGUUCUAGCCCAUGGUUCAGAGACUGCUGAAGUCGAGACUGUGGAUGAAUCUGAAAGUGAGAAAAGGAGAAGGAUGGAAGUGACUCAGGAUGCAGGAGGUGGAAAUGGGGAGCCCCUGAACAACUCUUCCAGCUGCAAUAAAGAAGAUGUUAAAGCAUAAGCAGAUAAUUGCUUUGUUGCCCAAACAAAUAUGGAAGAGAAGCAGCAGAAUUCAGUGAUGAAGGAGAUGCCACCUUUUCCCUUGAAGGGCUUCCACAAGCAAUGAAGUUGACAUAGCUUCAUCGAGACACACUUUGAAGACAGGCUGAACUGUUUCCAGUACCUGUUUUUCUUUCCUCAGGAAGGACAGCCUCAUUUUCUAGUGCUACUGUUUGAAGACAAAUAGGCCAAAUCAUGGACAAAAUAUUUUGAAUUGUUUUGUAUAUGGUUUUAACAAACAGUGCCCUACUAACACACCAAACCUUUUUGUAGUUGAUAUUUAGAGAUUUACAAAGUUUUAUAUAUUUGCAUGAAUGUGGACAAAUCAAAAAUGGAUCAGCUUUCUACACAUUUUUUUAUCAGUGCCUUUUUGCAAUCAGAAAAAAACCUUCAUCCUUCAGCAGGCCCAGAUAGGUGGAAGGUUGCAUUUUCUAGUCUUGGUUCUAGACAAAGCUAUGUCCUGUAGUUGCCAGAUGCCUGGCAAAUUGAUCAUCUCCUCACAGUGGUUCAUUCUGUGAUAAAACUACAUUUCAGCUCGUUGUUGCACUGGAACAAAGCUGCUAUUAACAACAGUUUUGGGCUUUUCCUAAAGCUUUUUAUAUUUUUUUAACUUUUAAGACUUUUUAAGCCUUAGCUCUUUACAUUUUUCUAAGAAUGUCAGUUCACUUCUACUCAUUUCUAGGAAAUAAUAGUAUGUUUUUAAGUUGCUUGAGACUAGAACAAAAACUUGAAAACUGAGAUAAUUUAUAUAAUGAAGCUCAAAAACAAUCAAAAAGAAAACCACCAUGCAUUAAUGUUUUCAGAACAUCAAGCUAUGGAGUGUUUUUCUUUAUGUGUACAUGCUGAUUAUUCAGUUGAAAGCCAGUUCAUUUUUAACUUGGUAUGUGUAAAGAAUCAUGAAGGUUUGACACUGGUAACCAAGGAUUAAGAUGCUUCUGCUUUCCUCUUGUUUUUUAUGCCCUUUCCACUCCCACAAUUUCUUCUGCUUCUUGGAGCUGUACUGCAUGAGUGUACAGAUUGUUCACUGUACAGUGUACAAAUGUCUGGUAGGCCUAGAACUUUUACCUCUACUGCUGUCUGUAAAUAUUUAUAAUUUAUUAAGAAAAUACUCAAGAUGUAAGAAACUUUGUCAUGUCUAUUUGUAAUAUAUACAUGCAAUUUUUAUUUAUCCUUAAGAGUUACUAACUGAUCCCAAAAUAAUCUUAACCCAAAGUGAUGUAUUUUAUAUGUUUUUGCAUUUGUUUGUUUUGUUUGUUUGUUGUUUUUUGGGGGUCAGUAUUCCUGACGCAAGUGUCCUUCUCCAUUCCACCUUGAAUGAAUUUAUCAGGAUAAUACUGUCUUAAUAACUUUUUAACAACUCUCCACACAAAGAUAUCUUUUGUCGUGGUUAUUGUGGUAAAAGUAAACGUGUAGUUUGUUUGCCUCCUUGGGCAAAGUCCUAUUUUCUGUUAUUAAUGUGAGAAAUAUUUGUUAAAAAAUGACUGGUGGAACUGUCUGAAAUUGCUUCCAGAAACUUUGCCAGUUUGUGUAAUGGUCUCCAUUCAUCUCAUGCAAUUUAAUACUAAACAACACAGAAAGGUCUCAUAUAGUGUGGUUUUGAAAAUUCUUUGACACUUGGUAUAACUGACAUUGUUUCAAAGGCAAGAAGCAACAUCCUUCAAAAAUAGUAAGCAGUUGUGGUUAAUUAAAGUUGCUGGAAGUCUUAAGACUGGUUUGUGGAAUUUUGGAGCUUGAUAGAAGUAGAAAAACCCAUUUACAUGGCAGGCUGACGUAAGAGCAAGAACUACAGGCUCUACAGUCUCACACUGCCAGCUUUCACCCUUUUACCUUGCACAGUUUCUUCUGUGCAUGAGAAAUUUCUGGUAGAAGUGCAAAUCGCAGUUUUCAAAGCAACAGUGAAGCUUUUUUUUUUAUUAUUGAUAUGGUUGUUUCUCUGGGUUUUAUGAGGGGUAGUUUUGGGGUUUUUUUUCCUAUAAGUGUGUGAAGUCAGACAUUUGGGAGAAUAAAUUCACCUGACAUCCUGCUGGUUUUGGUGACAGUAUUUGCAAUGCCAUUCCCUAUAUCCUUCUCUUCAAAUGUCUCCUCAGUAACUAAAGAAUAAACAA